CGCCACAGAGGGGAGUCGAGAGCUCUGCUGGGAAACUACAUGGUGCUCAAUUUUUCAAGAUGUCGUCGCUGGAACAGAGGCUGUCGCGAAUCGAGGAGAAACUAAAGCAGGAGAAUGAAGAAGCCCGGCGCAGAAUCGACCUCAACAUCGACAUGAGUCCGCAGCGGUCGCGUCCGAGGCCGACACUCCAGCUGCCGCUGGCCAACGACGGAGGCAGCCGGUCGUCGUCCUCGGAGAGCUCGCCUCAGCACCACCCCUACCCCAGCCGGCCCCGACACAUGCUCACCCUGCCCACGCCGCCGUACGGCCUGCAGAAGAGCCUAGAGAAUGCAGAGAUCGACCAGAAGCUGCAGGAGAUCAUGAAGCAGACGGGUUAUCUGAAGAUUGACGGACAGCGGUAUCCGGCUGAGGUAACAGACCUGUUCAGCGAGGGGGAGAUCGGCAGCGGCACGUGCGGCCAGGUCUUUAAAGUGCGAUUCAAGAAGACGGGCCACGUCAUCGCCGUCAAACAAAUGCGUCGUACAGGAAACAAGGACGAGAACAAGAGGAUCCUGAUGGAUCUGGACGUUGUGCUGAAGAGUCACGACUGCCCUUAUAUCAUCCAGUGCUACGGAGCCAUCGUGACCAACACGGACGUGUUCAUCGCCAUGGAGCUGAUGGGAACGUGUGCCGAGAAGCUGAAGAAGAGAAUCCAGGGUCCCAUCCCAGAGCGAAUCCUCGGGAAGAUGACUGUGGCAAUAGUCAAGGCGUUGCUGUACCUGAAAGAGAAACACGGCGUGAUCCACCGGGACGUCAAACCCUCCAACAUCCUCCUGGACGCCAAAGGUCAGAUCAAACUGUGUGACUUCGGCAUCAGCGGCCGCCUCGUCGACUCCAAGGCCAAAACCCGCAGCGCCGGCUGCGCUGCCUACAUGGCGCCUGAAAGAAUAGACCCUCCAGAUCCCACCAAACCCGACUACGACAUCCGAGCAGAUGUGUGGAGCCUCGGCAUCUCUCUGGUGGAGUUGGCCACAGGACAGUUUCCCUACAAGAACUGCAAGACAGACUUUGAGGUUCUGACCAAAGUGCUGCAGGAAGACCCUCCUCUCCUGCCUCUCAGCAUGGGUUUCUCCCUCGACUUCCAGUCCUUCGUCAAAGACUGCCUCACAAAGGAUCACAGAAAAAGGCCAAAAUACCACCAGCUUCUGGAGCACAGCUUCAUCCGGCGUUACGAGGUGCUGGAGGUGGACGUGGCCGGCUGGUUCCAGACGGUGAUGGACCGCACCGAGUCGCCUCGCAGCAGCCAGUGUUACAGCCAUCAGCACCAGCUCCACUCGCUCUUCAGCAGGUAGCCUCGCCCCCGGCCGGCCGGCCAGGCGUCGGCGCUGCCGACACGCUAGACUAGCCUAGCUUCAGCUUUUCUUGCCAAGCCCAGACCCGGUCUGGUCCUAGUCUAGCCGUUCAGCAGCCGCGCCGAGCGAAGAGACCCACCCUGCCUGUCCGUCUGUCCACCGAAGAACCUGAAGAGCCUGCAGAGGAGCGAGAGACUCGGCGGAGGACUGGGGACGGACAGAUGGGGGGACGGACGAAGACAGAUGGAGAGGCGGCGUAGAGGGCUUUGUUUAUUAGCGUUCUGAAUUUGGACAGACAGACGUGGGUGGAGGAGAAGGAAAACGUGCACUCUCUGUAGUUAGCGUCUUUUAUUCAUCACACUAUCGCUUCACCUGCACGCUAACACACACACACACACACUGUGUUGCGUGUGCUUCUUUUUUCCCCCCCCCCCGUUUCCUCCACUCGUCUGUGGUCGUUCGCCCGUACGUCCGUUUUCCAGCGUCGAUCCAAGCCGUCGGAUCGGCUAACAGAGUAGUCACUACACACUGGAACCAAGCGUCUCGCUGCUUCAGCAAACACAAAGCGCUCGUGUACAUAAACCACGCGGAGGACAAGACGACGUCUGGUGCAAUUCUGAUUUCUUCAGGUGUUCCUACUCCCACACACACUCUCAGGCCGUGUCUAUACAUCCGUGUUUUUGCUUUGUGUGAGUGAGCAUUUCCCAUGUGUGUGGUUGCGUAUAGAGACACGAUGUUUUUAAUGGCGAGGUUUUAUUUCCUAGUCGUGAACUCGUCGUCACACUACAGCUCUAACACAUCAAUAACAACAAAUAACUCUGUUUUUUUUUUUUUUUUUGUUUUUUAAUCAAGUAACGAUACUAAUUCUCAUUAAUCUUGGUAAGAAACCUGCUAGCUUUGCCCAUGGUUUUAUUUAAUUGGGGAAAAAAAAAACAAUGAAAAAAGAACUGCAAAAAAAUUAGUGUUGCAUCGUAGCUCUUUAAAGAAGGAGUGUUUUUGUUUUGUGGUAUUUGCAAAAUGAGGCGAAGAAGAGACUGAAUGGACAGAAAUGUUUAAAAAGGAGUGUUUUUGGACAAGUGAGAGGUGAAGGGAGUUGUAAACUCGCUGAUUACUGUCUGGAGGACUUCAUCAUAACUGUUGCGACUGGUUGGAGGUGAAACGGAGACCAGGAGCCAGUCUUGUACAGACUGAAUUAGAGUCGAUGUUUUUGCCUGUGGAGCGCUUCCUAACUUCACUUCUCUCCCGGUUGGUCUACCUCUUCCUCUCUGAUGCCUUUAGAGUGGUAUUAGUGCUCCACAGUGUUACCAGACCAAAGGCUGUGUGGAAGUUGUCGUUUUGGCGGCGGAGCCCAGGAGAUCCGACCCUCGCCUGCUAAAUUUCCACCUUGUGAUGGCGUUCAGCUGCACAUACUCGCUUUCCAGUCGAAGUCUUAGUUUGGACUUAGCUAGCCGUUUCAGUGUGCGCGCGCUCGACGAGACAGUUCAGCCGUCAAGCCUCCCACCUAGCCAAAGCUCCCACGUGCACACACCUAAACCAAACCACUGCUAGACACAGAGACAUGAGGAGCAGCGAUCCUGGGAGGAAACCGUUAAGUGCUACAGAGAGGCAGAGAGUGGGGGAGGAAUGUUCUAGACAUGUAAGAAAAGAAGGGAUGAAGGAGGAGAGUGAGGAGUGUGGCGGGAAGGAAGGCAGUGUGUGAAAGGAAAGUUGCGUGGCAAGGUAAAGGAAAGUCGGGGCAGAGCUGGAGGUGGACGUUGAAGCGUGUGAGAAAGGAAAAGAGGGUCGCUGUGAGGCCGGUUACUGUAAAAAGCUUUCAUGGUGUUUCACCAACCUACCAAUUAUGAUUUUUAGCGUGUGAGCUAGUGUGUGUUGUUUAUGAUGUUUACAGUUCUGUUCAGACUGUUAUUUAUUUAUAUUGCUAUUGCUGCUACUUUGUUUUUUUGUUUUUUAUUUUAUUUUAUUGCUUUAGACGCUGCUGUCACUUCUUUUCCCCAAAGGACAAAUACUUUAUUCUUGUUCUUUCAAGCCAAAUAAGUGAAAUAAUGCAAUGUCUACACGUGGUUACCAAAUACGGAGGAGCAAGUCUGAAGAGAGCAAAAGCAAGUGGAGGGGGAGGGGGAGGAGGAUUUGCGAGGAAGACGCAGGGAGGUUCGGCUUCACGAAAAAUACUAACUCACAAUAUAUACAGACGCCACGACUCGCCUCACGCCUCGCCGUGUGUGUGUGUGAAGUGGAAGUAGUUGAUCAUUCACAGGCACCAACACUACAACUGUACAGUGUAGAAACCGUUAGAGGGGACGUCCGUCUGUCCAGAUGCUCUCGGCCUCGUCCGUCCGCUCCUCCAUCCGUCCGUCCCUCCAUCUGUCCGCCGGUCGCCUGCAAGCUCGACAGCCUUGACCGUUCGCACCAAAGGUGACCACAACUCAACGGAAACACCAAUUGUUGUUGUUAUGACUAUUGUUCUUGACAUUAUAAUGGAUUACUCUCAGCUAUGAUAUAUAUGAAAUCUCUCUAGCUAGUGGGAGAGGACGCGUGUGUGUGUGUAUGUUGUUUUGGGCGGAGGGGCAGGCCUUGUGUGUGUGUGUGUGUGUGUGUCAUAUACUGUAUAGAGGGGAGACUCGGCCACGGACAAACGACAGCAGCAGAGAAAGCAGUCGUUCCGUCUGUUGGCUCUGUAACUCAAACUGACGGUGGGCCUGCGUCGGGGAGGACGGUCGGCUGUACCGGCUGUCUCUGGGCUGUCCCUGUGUCGGCCGUCUGUCCCUGGGUCGGCCGUCUGUCCCUGUGUCGGCCGUCUGUCCCUGGGUCGGCCGGCUCUGAGACGCUCAGCUGUGUUUCCAUCACUGCUAUAAUUAAAAAGACUCUCUACAGGAAUAUUCACCGUUUCGGUAAGAAAAACUCUUCAUAGAAGCAGAAAUAACUUUCUCUAAAAUAUCGAGCUACUAAAUCUCUAUUUUACUGAGUUUUCGUGAUUUUAUUCCUGCUGUGUAUUUACAGGAUCAGUCUCCCUUGAACAGAUUUUAGCAGAAAAUAUUCAUUUUAGUCCAGAACAUUUAACAUUUUUUUAACACUGAUGUAUAUGAUGCUGCAGUACUUCUGGUUCUGUUUUGAUGAAGAGAAACUUAUUACAAUAUGAAAUAUUUAAAAGUGUUUAUUCCACUGCUCUUUUUAACCCCAGCAAGUUAUUGCAACUAGAGGCUGAACUGACCAGACGCCUCAAGAAUGUAUAAAUGUAAAAAAACAAAACAAAACAAGGAAAUGUAUGUAUGGCUUAGAGCAGCGAUUUAUUUGGUUGGUUUGAUUUUAACAGCAGAAAAAGACAUUUAUUCUUCCACGAACGAACCAAAGCAGCUGGCGCUAGAUUCAUUUUGAAUCACCCUGGAGCUGAACUCGUCCUGAAUGAAACCUGGCUUUGUUAAUAUGCGUAUAAAGGAUGUACAUAAUUGGUAAACACCACGGUGAAUCUUCCUGUAAGUUGAGUUCAGAGCGGUGGUCCUCUGGAGGAGGUUACCAUGGCGACCGGCCCCCCGGUUCAAAGCCAGCCGGCCCAGAGACAGCUGGCGGCGCCGAGCUCGGCCUUUUGUCCCUCUUUUUAUUGUGGAAGCCAGAUGUGACCAGGAAUUCGUUCGCCACGGCGGUUUUUACCGGAGCGCCGUAAACGCUCCCGACGGCGGCGCUCGGCGCUCAGGGCUCCCGUCGCGCAGCCUUCCCCGCUCACACUGAUGUACAUAGACCUGGAUCUGGUGCUCAGCGUCCGGCAGCUCUUCCUGCUCUGCCAGCGUCCUCAUCGCCGUCGUCCCCUGUCUCACUACGACGUUCAAACUCUGCGUGUGUGUGUGUGUUAGUGUGUGUGUCAGUCAGCUAGCUGGCGUCCCCUGCUGUCGACGCCCUCUGUCAAUAAGCUGAUUUGGAUUUCACCAUCUCACGCAGACGCUCGCUCGACCGUGCCGGUGCAGACAGGAAACCCAGAAUACGAUUAGUCCUCUGCACCACGGACCACUUAAAGAUGGACGGCGUGCUUCAUUUCCCGCCAAUUGAAGAGCUGCCGACCAUUUGGCUCAGAGUGGCGGUCUCUCCAUGAGGCAGCAGAAUAUCAGACCGGGAUUUCAGUUCAUCUCUAAAAGCUGAAUGAAUGUCUUUGAACCAGAAUUAUGAUUUAAUAUUUAUAGCAGACGACCAGACAGACCGCCGCGGUCUGAAUGACCGGUCCAGUGAAGUUACUCAGUUUAGAAAAAAAACAUGACAGAGAGAAAUUUGAAGAGGAAAAGUUGUCUGCUCUUCAGUGUCCUGAGAGGUCUGAAUGUCCUCCUCACUCCAUCAGUUCACCCUGAACCUGUUCCCACCACCAGAGGGCGCUGCGUUCCCUUCAGAGACGUGAACUCACCUCCACCUUCCAGAGCAGCGCUGGCUUGAUGUGUGUAUCAGCGGCUCUUCAGGGGAGUGUGUAGCUGCGAGUUGCCUUGGCACAGAGCGAUCGAGCGUUUGUGUGCGUGUGCGUGUGCGUGUGUGUAUGUGUGAGAGUGUGUGUAUGUGUGUGUUGUAUCCCCCAUUUGUAAGUAAACCAAAUAUCAUUUUCACUAUGCACUCAUUCAAACCAUGUCAGCUUGUCGCUUGGAUGGGAAACUGAACGCCUGGUGAACAAACACACACUUCCUGGAGUGUUUUCCUCCUCUGCCCCCUCCCUCCCCCCCCCUCGCCCCCCGCCGUCCUCUCCCGAAGCGCCGCCUUCAGAUAGAUUGAUCACAGAGACAGAGCAAGAGAUAUGUUUUGAAUGAGCUGACAAAUAUUUAAGGAUUGUAUUGGGUUGGGGGGGGGGGGGGUGGGGGUGCGGGGGGGGGGGGGGGGUCGGGAAUUAGACUGGGGUUUGGUAGUUUCGGGGGAGACGCAGAUCAAUGCUGUAAAGUUUAUCAAUUGCAUGUUUAUGUCACCGCUGUAACUGCCAUUGUUUUGUUUUCUGUUUGUUUUCUUCAAGACAAUGGUCGGUUGGGACGGGGAUGCACAAAACUUUAUCCUUAUUUAUGAUUUUUACACAUAUAGUCUGUAUUUUUGUUUUUUUGUUUUUUGUUGUUUUUUUUUGCAAAACUGUUGAAUUAUUGUUUAUUUAGGAAAUGACACUUUUUUGGCCUUUUGUUUUGUUUUGUUCUGUGUCGACUUUGCAAUAUUUUAAUUUUUUCUUUUUUCUUUUUUCCACGUUGGACCCGUCACUCGUCGUUAUUGUUGUUGUUGUUGUUGUUAUUGCUGUGGAGGAAGGAGGAGCAGCUGUAUCUUUAUUAGCAGACAGUGUUUGUUAGAAACAGUAAUGUCUCGACGUCCUGUUUCCCCUCGUUCAUGUGCCGCGUGUCUCUUUAUUUUCCCGUUAGCUGUGUGAGCGUGCUGAGAGUGUGAGAUGUUUGUCUACCAAAAGUCUUCAUUGACGCUUAUUAUUAUUAUUAUUAUUAUUAUUAUUAUUAGCUUUUAUUUGUGUCCAUUUUUAUUAUGAUUACUAUUAUGACUGAUUAUUAUUAUCAUUAAUAUUAUUAUUAUUACUAUUAUUCAGGGCAAAGAUGACACCAAAUUGAACAAAGGAAUUAGUGGGUGAGUCUUUCUAGAGGUUUGUUUUCAGGCGAGGUGGAGCAGUCGUCCUCCCCGUUACGCCGCCUGCGUCUUUCCACCCGCUGCAAAACUGAAAGUCUAAAAGUAUUUUUUCAUUAUUAUUAUUGUUAUUAUUAUUAUUAUUACUAUUAUUAUUAUUUCUACUGUUUUCCUUCGAUCAGAUAUUGUGAUCUAUUUUUAUUUUCUUCUUGUUAUCCCAGUUUGGGUUAUAAAUUGUGUGCCGUUUAUUAUUUUUAUCUUCUUCACGCUCAGUUUUUUUUUAUUUUUAUUUUUUUUUGUAAUCUUUCUGGUGUGUCUGAUGCUGUAGUUGUGAGCUGAUGGUCAAAUACCAGAGCUUUUUUUUUUUUUUUGUAAUUUUAUUUUUCUUUUGUAAUGCUGAGACUGAUGUUGCACUUGUGACGGUUUUGUUUUGUCCUGUUGUGCAGAGAGGAGAAUAGCGGGUGUUUUUUUUUUUUCCUUCCGUAGUCGCAGCAGUUCUUCUAUCAAUCACACAAACCUGUGACACAGAACAAGAAAGUGAUUCAACUAUGUAUUUUUUUUUCUCACUGAUAUUUAUUUAUUAUUUUCUCAUUUGUCUUUUUCUUUUUUUUUUAAUUUGUUUUUAUGUGUGUUGCUUUUUGUGGAGGGAAAACAGGACUCAAGGUUGAGAGUAGUCCUCUUCACGGUGUUUCACACCAUUUAAAAUGUUGUAUAUGAUCACUGCUCUGUUCAUGAAGUGGUUUUCACAGUGUGGGCCGGGCCCCCCCCCACCCCCCCCCCCCAAUUAUGAAACACACUUCAGAGGAAAGUUCCAACAGAUUAUUAUUAAAAUCUAACUCUUUAUUCUUCUGCUUCCAACAGCUGUUCAUCCUUCAAGUUAAUCAUGUCAGCCACAAAAUAUAUUGGACAAAUAGUUGCGCAAAAUUAAAUUAGCAUUUGCUUAUUUAGUUUUAUUUUUAUUUUUCAACAGAAUUUGUUAAAUUAAUAACAAGGCAGAACACUCUUGCUUUAAAGUUCUCAUGAACGCUGGUGUGUUUUGUUCUUUCGCUUUCAAAAAGCACCACAAUUAACCCCAGAACCCUCAAAACGGGCGACAACAGAUGAACUUUAAUAACCAUUGUGAAGAUAUAUAUUGUAUUUAAGAAAUCUAGUGAGAAAGAAACCCAGCAUAGACUCUUUUUUUUAAGCUGUAAAUAAUUAAAAAUGUGCUACUUUGGUUAGUUUUACCAAUUCCUCCCGUUCUUUUUGCGUAAAUGGUUCAUAACGUUGUCAAUUUUCUCACUUUUGUGACUCUAAAGUCUCUGUUCUUAGGGGAACUCGUCCUCCCACACUCUGAAAACCCCUGAUUUAGUGCAUUAACCAGUGAAAAUAGAAACGGUGAAGGCUUCACUGCGGCUGCCGUCCCUCGUUUUGUUUGCUGUUUCCCCUCUCAGAAGGCCCCGACAAACAACCCGUGUCUCACAGUCGAAGCUCGCGUUGUUUCAGGCGGGUUUCUUUUUUAAAAUCGGACAAUGUUUGAUUUCAAGUUUCCCCAGAGUUCCAGCUGAUGAUCAGCUUCGUUAACCUGCGGCCCCCCGAUGGCGGCGGAGAUUCGUCGCUGGGUCCGUUUAGGAAACGCAGUUGUCGGUUCAGAUUGCAUGACUUUGCUGGUUUUGCGGGACGAGGGGUCCGGGGGGGAGUCGACACCGUUACAGUUCAGAAAGCUUCCUGUAUUGGACGACAAACCGUCGUCUUGGACAGUUUGAUCCAUCGACACAGCUUUACUGCCCCCGUUUAUUGUUGUUCAUUUGAAUCCUCUGUUUUUCUUUAGUUUUUUUUGACUGUAUUUUAUCCCCCCCCCCCCCCCCCCCCCCCCCCCCCAGUCUCAUUUCAAACAGAAUAAAUGCCAUUAUAUUGUGAAUACCUCAGGAUUUUUUUGGAGAAAAAAAAAUAAUAAAACACUUAAAAAUAAAAUAAAUAAAUAAAUAAAAACUCAU